UCCCGAAAGCUGUUUUUUGCUGGUGAAGGAAGAGAUGGAUACUGGACAAGUGACGAUAUGAUCGAGCAGCUUAUAAAAGAUGCAAUUCCCCUCUUUGAGUUGCUGCACCCAGACAGUCAAGCUGUAUUCAUAUUCGACCAAAGCAGCAAUCACCGAGCAUUUGCAAAUAAUGCCUUACUUGCCAAAAGGUUUACCUUGAACGACAAGCCAGUCAAAGAAGACGAAGAGUUCGAUUUUAAGAACACAACAUUUCUUUUGGAUGGUGAGCCUUGUCCUCAGGCUAUGUAUUACACGAAAAUGGAAACCAUAACGAAGAAGAAAAGAUCUCCUGGUAGCAAGUGGCUUGCUGAUUGUUGCAAAGAUGAAGAGCCGGAUUCUAGAUGCUGCGCCCGCCACUUUCUUGCUGCCCAGCCCGAUUUCAAGGAACAAAAGACUGUCAUCUGUGAGGUUGUGGAGGCAAAUGACCACAUCUUUGAGAUGUAUCCGAAGUUUCACUGCAAGUGCAACUGGAUAGAGAGGUACUGGGGAGCUGCCAAGGAUUUGGCCAGAAAGGAGUCCGACUAUACCUUUAAAUCACUAAAGGUUAAUGUCGACUCUUAUCUGGAC